GUUGGUUUAAAUUUUGUUUUCUGAGUGGCUGAAGGUCCUUAGCUUUGUAGUUAGGUGCAGUGGUUUUAGGCUAAACAGUCACUCUACGUAUAAAAUUUAGGAAAGUAUAUAGCACUCUUAGCCCUUGUGGUAAUUAGACAGACUGAAUAAGUCCAGUGACUGUUGAUAACAAAUGUUUUACAUAAUCAUGUCGAAACUACUUAAAAGUCAAUAUUAAAUCUUAAGUUUCAAACACUGCCGCUAUUAUUUUCGCUCUUGUUUCCAUCUUUUUAAUUUUUCAUACAUUGGUGUAAAGUAUAUUUACCUAGGUUUGUGUUUAUUUAAUAUGGUUUGUUGCAGAUUCCUUGUCCUAAGCAUUUAUUUAUUUGUCGUGUACUUAUAUAUUGCGUACUAUCUGAAUGUCCAGGUGUCUCGCAUUUCGUAAUGUAUAUAAAGUCGUUGGUUAUUGAUGGCUUCAAAUCCUAUUGUCAGAGAACGGAAAUCGAUGGAUUUGAUCCACAGUUCAAUGCGAUUACCGGUCUAAAUGGCUCCGGAAAGUCAAAUAUAUUAGAUGCUAUAUGCUUCUUACUUGGAAUAACAAGUCUUUCGCAUGUAAGGGCAGCAAACCUACAUGAUUUGGUUUACAAAUGUGGUCAAGCAGGAAUACAAAAGGCUACCGUAAGCGCAGUAUUUGACAAUAUGAAUAAGUCACAAUCCCCAUAUGGUUAUGAGCAGUUUGAUGAGCUUACAAUCACAAAGCAGAUUGUCGUUGGAGGCAGAAAUAAAUAUCUGAUUAACGGAACAAACGCAACCACCACAAGAGUUCAUGAUUUAUUUCACUCAGUGCAACUUAAUGUUAACAAUCCUCACUUUCUAAUUAUGCAAGGUAGGAUUACAAAAAUUUUAAAUAUGAAACCACCGGAGAUCCUAUCAUUAUUAGAAGAAGCAGCAAGCACCAAACUAUAUGAAAAUAAAAAGGAAGCAGCACUUAAAACUAUUGAAAGGAAAGAUAGUAAAUUAAGAGAAAUAGAUAGAAUUCUCACUGAAGAUAUUAACCCUACUAUCAAGAAAUUACGUGAAGAACGGAGCAGUUAUUUAGAGUAUCAGAAAGUUGUACGUGAAAUCAAUUAUCUGGAGAAGUUUAUUGUCGCUUAUGACUAUACUUGUUUAGAGGAAGCUAAAAAACGAACAAAAGGAGAUUUAAUUACACUUGAACGUUCAUUGGAUGAGCACAAAAAGAAUAUGGAAGAACUUCGGAAGUCAAAAGAAAUUAUAGAAAGUCGUAUUGCUGAACUUUGCAAACAAAGAGAUGAGCAUCAAGGAACAGCACUUGAAGAAAUAGAAUCUACAAUGUCUGCAUGUCAAAAAACAGAAGCAGUUGCUAAGGGGGCUUCUCAAAGAGCGUCUGAAUUUCUUCGGGCCGCCAAACAGCGUGUUAAGUCCAUGGAGUCACAGUAUAUGGAGCUUGAUGAGCAGUUGUCUUCUAAACAUAAAGCAGCGGAAGCUGCUGCUGGUAUUGAGUACCAGUCCGUUCUAGCACAGUCAGAAGAAGCGCAAGUUAAAUUUGAAGCGGCUCAAAAGCGUUUACAGGCAGUAAAAUCCGGUCUUUCCAGUGGAGAAAAUGGUGUUGCAGCUAGCCUUGCUGAACAGGUUAGAGUUGCAGAUGGUGAGAAGUGCUCCGCACAAACUGAACUUUCUCAACUGAAAAUGCGUCAGAAACAUCUACAAAAUGAGCUUGCUGAACAAGAAGCCAUUGUCGUUAAAACUUUCGGACAUGGGUCAAUAGACGGAGAAUCUAAAGAAGAAAUAAAACAAAAGGAACUUACUGUACAUAUUGACGAAUUAACUAGGAAAUUGACACGAGCUGAGGCGGAUGAUAGAUCUGUUGGUAGCGAAUCUGUGUUAAGUGAGAAGCAGCUUGGCUUAGUUAAGGAAGCAAGGGAGUUACGUCAUCAAGCUUCAAAGUUAUCAUCUCAAUUCCCUCAACUUGUGUUUGAUUAUACUGAUCCAGAGCCAAAUUUUGAUAGACGUCGUGUUCUUGGACCUGUUGCGAAAUUGUUUCGUGUCAAAGAUUUAAAAUAUGCGGUUGCUCUAGAAGUGAUAGCUGGAAAUAAGUUACAGAACAUUGUUGUAGACACAGAAGUCACUGGUAAAAUUUUAUUAGAACGUGGUCAAAUUCGUCGACGUGUCACUAUGCUCCCGUUAACUCAAAUACGUGGAAAUCCCAUAUCAGAUGGUGUUAUUAAAAAUGCCCAGUCAUUAGUUGGUGCAUCAAAUGUUGUCACUGCUCUUUCAUUAAUUGAAUAUGAUAAUAUGCUUAAACCAGUUAUGGAAUAUGUAUUCGGUAGUGUAUUAAUAUGUCCAGAUAUGGAAAUAGCUAGGCGUAUUGCAUUUCACCCUGGUAUUGAAAAGAAAACAAUAACAUUAGAAGGUGAUGUAUUUGAUCCUCAGGGCACACUGUCCGGUGGAAGUCGGGGAACUGCUUCGGAUAGUUUAUUAUCUCGCAUAUUUAAGUGGCGUGAUCUUGAGGUUGCCGCUCAAAAAGCUGAAGAAAAUGUUACUCAAGGUGAAGCAAAUGUCAGAGCAGCUCAAUUACGAUCCCAAAAUAUUAGUCAUAUUCGAGAAGCGUUAGAUAAUGCUCGCCAUCAAUUAGAACUUUUAGAGACUCAAAUAAGGCAGACAGAUAAACAUCGAUUACGUGCAGACUUGGCAGCUACUAGAAAUGAAUUAAAACAAGUCGAAGAUUCUUUACAAAACGCUGAACAGCGUCUUAAUCAAGCAUCUUUAAAAGCUAAGUUAGCUCAUGACAAAGCAGCAAACGCCGUAGCUGAAUUUAAAAAAGAAGAACAGGAAGCUGAAAAGGCACUUUCAGAAGCUAAGGUUCAACUGGAAUUCACGGUUAGUGCUUUAAGGGAGAAGAAUUCUCUAAAGGAAACUUUACGCUUAGAAGCUGAAGAACUGUCAAAAGAACUAAAUACUUUGAAGCUGUCUCUUGAAGAAGCAAUUCAAGCUGUAGAAGAUGCACAGGCAGAAGAAGAACGUUGUAUUGAUGCAUCACGAUUAGCUAAAGAAGCUUUAAUUAAAGCACGUGAAGCUGUUAAUAAACAACGAGGAUUAAUUGAUGAAACUGUUCGUGCAUUGACAUCUGCAGAGAAAGAAGCUGGUCAAUUAGUUCAAUCGUUAAAUCAAACAAACAGUCAAGUGGAUAAGCUUUCUCAUCAAAUUGAAAUGCAAACUAAGGAAAGUGAAGAAGCCGAUAUCAAG